GAUUUUUUUGUUGACAUCAGAAAUGGCAAAUGUGAAAAUAAAUUUAUUAAUAAAUAAGCCAAAAUACUCGGCGCAUAUAGAGGAAAGUAAUAGCAGAAUCUUCACAACAGGCGAGGUCAUUACAGAGCAAAAGGAUUUCAUGAGAGGACAUGGAACUUAUCUGGAAGACGGUUUUAUCAAAUCAUCAGUCGUUGGAGUAGCAAAGCAGAUUAAUAAGCUUAUAUCAGUCGUUCCAUUAAAAAGUAAAUAUGUAGGGGAGAUAGGCGACGUUAUUGUUGGACGAGUCACAGAAAUAUCAAAGAAGCGAUGGAAAAUAGACACUAAUUCUAGACUUGAUUCAGUCCUACUAAUCUCAUCUAUUAACCUUCCCGGCGGUGAGCUACGACGAAGAAAUGCUGAAGAUGAACAAAGUAUGAGAAAAUUGCUGCAAGAAGAGGAUUUAUUGUCUGCGGAAGUACAAAACGUCUAUACCGACGGAAGUUUAUCAUUACACACGAGAAGUUUAAAGUAUGGAAAAUUGUCACAAGGAAUUUUAAUAUCAGUUUCACCUUCUUUAAUUAAGCGACGUAAAAAUCACUUUCACAACCUUCCAUGUGGUAUUUCAGUCAUUAUUGGCAAUAAUGGAUACAUUUGGGUAGCACCAAUUGUCAAUGUUGAGGAACAAGGUGGUGGAUUUGCUCAAUGUUUAGAUCCAGUCUCAAAAGGUGACCGAGAAACAAUUGUAAGAGUCAAAAACUGCAUUCAAGCCUUAUCAGCAUGUUAUGUUAUGAUUUAUGAUACAAGCAUUAUGUACGCUUAUGAAGAAUCUAUGAAAUAUGAUGUAAAAGAACUUCUCAAUCAAGAUACAAUGUAUGAAGUUGGAUUUAAUGCUAAACAGAGAAUUUUACAGCUGGAAUAAAGAUGUUUUUUCUAA